GCAGCCCAAUCCAGACGACCGUGGAACAGCAGGAAAUCGCAGACGCCGAAGACGCGUCUCUACGAUCCGUCGAUUGUUUUGGUUCUUGUUCUUAAUCGACAGGCACAAUCUCUCUAUCGAUUCUUUUGUUCUUGUGGUUCUUGUUCUUUGCUUCUCCUUGGCGUUCGGGUUUGGAUUUGGAUUUGCAUCGGAGAAACAGGUCGGGGUAUCGUGAAGGAUUGGGUUUCGUUUCCCUCUCUGGUCGAUAUCUGUCUUGCCCCUUGGUUCUAUUGAUGGCGAGGAAGCGGAAAUCGGAGGCGAUGGGCCUCGAUGAGGCGGAUCGAACGCUGUACUCCACCUUCUGCGCUGCCGCCAAUUCGCUGUCGCAGGUUUACACACAGGCCAUGAACCAGCAGAAGAUCUCCUUCCAGGCCGGCGAGCGCCAUGCGCUGGAGAAACUUUAUCAAUGGAUUGUGAGAAACCACGAGGAAGGGUCAAGGGUUACCAUAGCUGAUAUAGUUACACAUAUUCAGAAUGAGAUGGAUUAUGCCGGAGAAGGUUCAUUAGUCUCCCCAAGGUCACCAUUCCAACAUCAGCACCACCAAACAACAAUUCACUUAACAAACGCAGGCAUCCAACCUGCAUCUGGUUUGUUCGGACAGCCAACAGUCGGACUUGCCUCUCGAAGCGGUCACUCUGAUCAAGCAAAGAACUCGGUUUUCUCAAAUGCUCUUUCCAGCCCAGUGUGCAGAAGCCUUCAGCCAUAUCACCUUGCUCAGGGGAGUGGACUUUAUGCAAAUGCUGUCAUACCAACUGGAACUGCAGGAGCAAGGAACCAUGAUCCAAAUCAAAACCGGGAUACUAAUUCUCUCAGUUCCAAUGAUUCAUCUAUGGAUAUUCACACAGAUAGCCCGCCUCAUGAAGCAUAUUGACAAAUCUCUCUGCUUUACAUUUGUAUAUAGUUCAAGAACCUUAACUAAUGAAGCCUCAAAUCUCAGCUCUGCCACUUAAAGAGUUAGGUGGAUAUCAGAAAGGCUAGAAGAAAAGGUUUGAACCAAAACUUUCUUAUCCACUCAUGCUAAGUGAUGCAUGUGGUAACUCAUGCAAGCCAUAAUUAGUGUGUGCUUUAAUUUUCUUGUCAGUGUUGAAUGUCUCAUCUAAGUGCUCUUACUGCAUUAUGGACAAAUAUUUAUAGUCUAUGUGGUAUAACCUUUUGUAUCCGGUAAUAGCUUUGUACAUGUAUAUUUGAAUAAUAUAAAUGUAUAAUAAUACAUAGGCUUAAGUCUCA